GGCCCACGCACGUUUCUCAUGAGGAAGAAAAUAGCUUGACUCACACUAGCUUUGGCCGUUACUAUUAUAGUCCCCUUCACCGCUAUACAUAGUUUUAUAUAGCAAUCAACGAAGCCUUUAGACACAAGAGAGACUGAAACAAUGGUAACAAUCUUAGGUACUCAUACAGUGAUCCCAAAAGAAGAAACUCCAAAGGGUCUUCUAUGGCUAUCAGACAACGACCAACUUUGGCGAUGGAGUCAUACACCUUCAAUCUACGUUUACAACCCAAAACAGAACAACAACACUGUCGUCGAUGUCAAUGUCCUCGUUGAGCGAAUGCGAGAUUCUCUCAGCGAGAUUCUCGUUCACUACUAUCCAUUAGCCGGGAGGCUGAGUUGGACGGACGGUGGCCGUUUGGAACUCGAUUGCAACGCAAAGGGGGUAUUGCUUCUCGAAGCUGAAUCGAAGAAAUCAAUGGCGGAAUAUGGAGACUUCACUCCAAAUGAACCCAGCAUCAAAGAACUCAUCCCAGCUGUUGACUACUCUCGUCAAAUAAACGAGCUUCCUUUGUUCUUGGCACAGGUGACAAAGUUCCACGGCGGCGAUGGCGGCUUUGCAGUCGGAAUCCUUUUUUCUCAUCCAUUAGGCGACGGCCUGGCCGCCAUUCGCUUCAUCAACUCAUGGGCGAAGCUCACUCGAGGUGCGAAGCUAGAUCCAAGCGAGCUUCCGUUUCUCGACCGAACCGUGCUCAAACCAACCGGGCCAUUAACUCAACCCCGGUUCGACCACCCGGAGUUCAAGCCUCUGCCGCUCAUCCUCGGAAGAACCGACAACAUCGAAGAGCAAAAGAAGAAGACGACCUUCGCGCUGUUAAAACUCACACCAGAACACGUCCAGAAGCUCAAAAAGAAUGCAAAUGCAAAUGUAACCGCAAACGGAAACGGUAACGCUCCUCAUAACCCAUCUCCGAGACCGUACAGCAGAUUCGAAAUUAUCAGCGCACAUAUAUGGAGAUGCGCUUGCAAAGCUCGUAAUCUUGAAGAGAAUCAACCAACGGUCGUUAAAUUCAACGUCGAUAUUCGCAACAGAUUGAAUCCGCCACUUCCUCAAAACUACUUCGGAAACGCGUUGGGUCCGACGGUUACCCCAACUUGCUACGCUAAAGAAAUCACCACUCAACCAAUCAGUUACGCAUCGCAGAAAAUAAGGGAAGCUGUUAAUAAAGUGUCGAAUCACGAGUUUGUUAAAUCCCAAAUGCAUUACGUGGCAGGGUUUGAAAACCGUUGGGAUCUGAUUAGAACACCUUAUUUGGAGAAAGGUGAGUAUAGAGCUGAUGUGCCUUUCUUUGGGAAUCCUAACAUUAUACUUGGCAGUUGGAUGAGCAUGCCGUUUUAUGAGGCUGAUUUUGGGUUGGGGAAGCCGUUUUAUUUUGGUCCUGGUGGUGUGUGUCCUUAUGACAGAGGGGUUAUUGCUCUAAUGCCUGACGAAGAUGGUGAUAAUGGAUAUGGUGUUGUGGUGUACAUGCACUUUCAGGUAGACCACAUGAAAGAUUUUAUCAAAUACUUUUGGGAAGAUAUUUGAAAACAAGGGAUGAAGAUGAUGGUCUUAGCUUGCUUGCUAGCUCUUUCAAAAUAAUUUAAUCUAUCUUUUGUAUUUUCUUUUCUUUUUGAAAAAAAAAAAAUCACUAGUGUGAUAAAAUUCAGUUUGCCAUAGCUGAGUUGGGUAUGUUAUUAUUUCCAUUCACUUUUGUAUUUCUUGUCGUGUUGACGGCAAGAAUUAAUGUCGAUCUAAAAUUUUUCAAUAAAUCAGAAUC